AUGAGUUUUCUCAGCCAACUACAGAAACAAAAGAACAAAUUGAAAGAAACUGAGACAGUUGUAACAAAAGUCGAUGGAAAACGGUACAUAGAGAAAGAUACUACAGUAACUGCAAUUUCUUCUAACAGUUAUGGCUUUGUAGUUGACACGAAGCCAGAUAACGUUCCAGUACUGAUAUCUGAUUAUUUAUACAUAGGAUCACAAGAUUGUACAGCCCAAGAAGUGAUACAAACAUAUAACAUCCAGCAUGUACUCAGUUUAGGUAUAAACAUUCAAGUUUCGGUCAACAAUAAGUUCAUCAACUGCUUGGAUUUGCCUGAAACUAGUAUAAAAGAGAUAUUAUUAGACAGUUUGCCGUUAAUUCGGAAGGCUGUGGAUGCCAAAGAGAAUGUUUUAAUUCACUGCAAUGCAGGCGUUUCUAGGACUUCUAUGGUUGCCAUAGGUUAUCUAAUGCAUUACGAAAAAAUGAAUUAUCAAGAAGCUUAUGAUCUUGUGAAAGCUAAAAGGCCCGCUAUCCAACCUAAUGAUGGGUUUAAAAAACAAUUAAAGUGUAUGACGCCUGGAAAUAAUUUGAUACAGUGCAAAUGUGCAUAG